GCGCCCGUGACGCGCCUUUCCCGGGGAGGCAAGGUUCCAAAGGUUCUGGGGAAGGUGGCGCGCGCCCUGGCGUGCAUGUAGCUCUGCUUUCGGGUUGCAAAGGAGGGGAGGAAGCCCGUAGCGAAGGCGGGCGGCGGAGCAGGGAGGGCACGGCCGGCUGAGGAGCCUCGGCGAAGGGGCUCCUUUUGUUUUGGUCCGCUGCCCGUAGUAGAUUCUUUCCUUUCGCAUUUUGGGGGUGUGCGCGUGAAACCCAAUCCGCCCCUCUGCUGCAGUCUUGGCGCUUCCCGCUCUCUGCAAUUCGACUGAAUGCACUAAAUAACGCCCCCCCCCUUCCAAGGCGGAGGGGGUCUCCUUUUUUCUGCAGGGUGGCUUUAAAAAAAAAGCACCUAUAUUAUUAGGUGCGAGCAGCAGCAGCAGCUCCGGCGGACGGCUUUGCAGCUGCCUCUCGAAUCGCUGGCUGCGGGGGGGAGGCGGAUCCGCCGGGCGCCUCCGAUGCAUUUCUGAGCAGCUGGCCAGCGAGCUCCCCCGCCUCGAGCCGACUUGUUGUGUGGGCAUGAGCCAUCAUGGGCAGCGCUGGGCUGGCUUGCUCGCCUCGUGCAGAGGAGAUAGAGACGUCUUGAUCUUGUUAUUUCCCCCUCCUGCCCUCCCUCCCUCGCAGCUCGGGCAGCUUUUCUCGGGGUCGCGUUGCUAGGCGCUGGGUGCAAGCAAUAGCCGCCCGUCACCUCGGGGGUUAGAGUAGCCUCCAAGAGGAAGGGGGCUUGAUCUGUCUCCCCCAGCCCAGAUCUUGCUAUUUUAUCCGUGUGGGGUUUUUUGUUUAAUCCCUCAUCCCCGCCCCGCCGAGGGCUAGAAACUGGAGUCGGGUUGUUGUAGUAAGGUUGGUGGUGAAACCGCAGCGAUUCCUGCGCUGCCGUCUUGGAUCGAGGGGGAAAAGAUGGAGGCGGUGAUCGAGAAGGAAUGUAGCGCGCUGGGAUGCCUCUUCCAAACCACCAUCGGGGACAUGAAGGGAAGUUAUCCGAUUUGGGAAGAUUUCAUCAACAAAGCAGGGAAGCUACAGUCUCAGCUUCGGACGACCGUAGUAGCAGCAGCUGCCUUCUUGGAUGCCUUUCAGAAAGUGGCUGAUAUGGCGACCAACACACGAGGUGCUACCCGAGAAAUCGGCUCCGCUCUGACCAGAAUGUGCAUGCGGCACAGGAGCAUAGAGUCCAAACUCCGGCAGUUUUCCAGUGCUUUAAUUGACUGUCUGAUAAACCCACUUCAAGAGCAGAUGGAAGAGUGGAAGAAGGCUGUUAAUCAACUGGAUAAAGACCACGCAAAAGAGUACAAAAAGGCUCGCCAGGAGAUAAAAAAGAAGUCCUCGGACACCCUGAAACUACAAAAGAAAGCAAAGAAAGGAAGAGGAGACAUCCAGCCUCAACUGGACAGUGCGUUACAAGACGGUGACAAGUACCGCAAGCUGUGAAGAAGCGAGGAGAAGCAGGCCGUCAGGAAAGCCCUGAUUGAAGAACGCGGCAGGUUCUGCUCGUUCAUUUCCAUGCUGCGGCCUGUCAUAGAAGAAGAAAUAUCAAUGCUGGGAGAAAUAACCCAUCUACAGACCAUAUCAGAAGAUCUGAAAAGCCUCACUAUGGAUCCUCACAAACUGCCAGCAUCAAGUGAACAGGUAAUCCUAGAUUUGAAAGGUUCUGAUUACGGUUGGUCCUAUCAGACCCCUCCAUCUUCACCCAGUACCACCAUGUCCAGGAAAUCCAGCGUCUGCAGCAGUCUGAACAGUGUUAACAGUAGUGACUCCCGGUCAAGCGGCUCACACUCUCACUCACCCAGUUCGCACUAUCGCUACCGCAGCUCCAACCUGCCUCAGCAGGCGCCGAUGAGGCUUUCCAGCGUGUCCUCGCACGACUCCGGAUUCAUGUCCCAGGAUGCCUUUCAGUCCAAGUCGCCGUCUCCUAUGCCGCCGGAAGCACCGAACCAGUUGUCUAAUGGGUUUUAUCACUAUAGUUUGUCAAGUGGUCCAUCUUUAGCCUCAAUUGGUGCAGGGCCCAUUCCUCAUUUCCCGUCUGUCUCCCACGCAUGGACCCGGGCUUCCUCCUCCACCCUCCUUCCAGACCACGGUCAUUAUUACACCAUUGGGCCAGGCAUGUUUCCAUCAUCUAAGAUCCCUAGCUGGAAGGAUUGGGCUAAGCCAGGUCCUUAUGACCAGCCUAUGGUAAACACUUUGCAACGCCGCAAGGAAAAACGAGAUGCGGACCCUGCUGGGGGAGGCCAGAAUGGACCGCCUCUUCCCACAGAGGAAGCCCAAAGACCCCGGAGCAUGACGGUGUCAGCCGCCCCAAGGCAAGGAGAGGAGAUGGAGGCGUGCGAAGAGCUGGCGUUGGCUCUCACCCGUGGGCUGCAGCUGGACACCCAGAGAAGCAGCCGGGACUCCUUGCAGUGCUCCAGCGGCUACAGCACCCAGACCACCACGCCCUGCUGCUCGGAGGACACGAUCCCCUCGCAAGUUUCAGACUACGAUUAUUUCUCUGUCAGUGGGGACCAAGAGACAGAGCAGCCAGAAUUCGACAAAUCUUCAACUAUUCCCAGGAACAGUGACAUCAGUCAGUCUUACCGCCGAAUGUUCCAUGCGAAGCGUCCUGCUUCGACCGCCGGCCUGCCAACCACACUGGGGCCCGUGAUCGUUACGCCCGGCGUAGCAACCAUCAGACGGACCCCUUCUACCAAACCGGCCGUCAGACGUGGGACCAUAGGGACGGGGCCCAUCCCGAUCAAGACACCCGUGAUUCCCGUCAAAACACCAACCGUCCCAGACCUCCCGGGAGGGCUGCCGAGCGUGCCAAGCAGCGCGGAAGAAAGCCCCGAACAAAGUCCUGAAGCAGGAGGGGGCAACAAUGGGGUCACGGGGAUGUCCUCCUCUUGGAGCGGCCAGGCGUCUGUCAACCCUCCGCCCACAAGUCAGAAGCCGAGCACCAUAGAGGAGCAGAGACAGACGGCCCCUGAAAGCGAGGGAGAAGAAAGCAAGAGGGAGAGCCCAGGUCUCACUGCUCCCCCAUGCCAGCCUGCCCCUCAGUCGGCAGACCAGGGCGCCGGGGAGUCCCCACAAGGCGAAGACAUGCUGAACGCCAUUCGGCGGGGAGUUAAGCUGAAGAAGACCACCACGAACGAUCGGUCAGCCCCCCGCAUUUCCUAGAUGCUAAACCACUGCCAGAGUUUCCAACGUAACAGAGACUGAACUAUCGGAUGUCUCUCGAUUCAUUCCACUGUACAAUCAGAUUUUUGUAGGAUGCCUAGUGACAGACAGCUGGAAAAGCUCUCUGUAAAAAAUUGGGGUUAGGGAGGGAGGGGGAAGGCAUUUGCAAACUAAAAGGCUUAAAGCGCAACCACUUCCUGACUUUUAAUUUUGGGGCUUUUUUUGUAAAUACUGCUGAUUAUUUUUCUGCACAGUUUUUUUAAAAAAUUCUGAGUUUCCCUUUUAAUUUUUUUUUCUGAAGGUGCCAAAUCCCCAUUUAACUUUUUUAUAUAACUUUGUAAAGUUUUACAUGCGUAGAAGGAAGACGAAUACAAUAAACAUUUAAGUAGCUUAAAUAUUUCAGCUGGGGGGGGGAGGGGAGGGAGAAGGCUGCCAGGAGGUUGCUAAGUGUUGUGUUUUCACUCUCACGAGCUUUUUGUAGAGCGCCUUGUCGUAAUAGCAAGGAGACAUCUUUUUUUUUUAAUAAAUAAUUUUAACCUUCAGAGGCCUGAGCGAAGAAAAGGCCCUCGUAGAGGUACAAGGAAGUGCUUGCGCACCUCCAAAGCAGGAAACAGCGGCUGGUUGAUUAAAGCAAUAUAUAGCGGAAGAGACACAGCCUCGGAUUGGUUAGAGAGGGUGAUGGGGUUAGACAAAGGGGGAGGGAACUUACUGUUGCACAAGUAGCCGCCUAGCUGUAGCUUUAUGGUAAGUGCGUCUGAAUAAGCCAUAUUGGAUUGCAGUGUUGUUUCUGUAGGAUGUUUAAAGACACUUGGGUGCUUACCACUAGGAACUUCUUCUGCGUCGGUCCCUUACGGGGCUGCAUAACAGCGCUCACCCUAGAAAAGCGUCUGUGGGAUUGUUCUUUCGGAGUCUUCGUUUUGUCCUCAUUCAUUUUCUCUAGGACUUUACAGCACCGUUUAAGCAUGCCCAUCUGAACCAGAGUCUCUCCCCCCCCCCCCAAUUGUUUUCUGUUUUUGUUAAAUAAUUUUCAGUGGCAGAAACUUUUUGCUAAAAGACAGAGAGAAAUACCAGGGAGAUCUCUACUCCAUAGCUUUUUACCUUUUACUGGUGAUGCCCAGCAGGCUGGGUAGCUCAACUAACACAUUGAGAAAACGACUGAUAGAUCAGAUUAGCAAACAGCUGGGAGUUUGAGUAAAACUAGCAACGCAUUUCCGGGGGGGGGGGGGGUUUCCAUCCCUCUCCCUUCUCUUAAAUAGUAGUUUGAAUUGGCUUUUUCAAUGAAAUAACGAGAGAUGUGGGAAUCGGAGAGGGACCGGGGAAAACACAGUUUUCGUUUUAUUACAAAGGAAGGAGGGGGUUUGACCACUAUUGUUUUUAAAUUUUUUUCUCAGCUGUAUUUUUGGGGAGCUGUUAAUAGACAAAUUUCUAGCUAGGGAUUUUCUUUUGUUAAGACGACAAGUUAUCGCUGCGACACAGUCAUUUCAUGGGGUCGGUAGAAACGUGCACGGCUCAGACACUUCGGUUUUUUCUGCGUUGGUGGGUUUUAAAAAAACAAAACAAAAAGACCCUGCAAUCUAUACGGAUACCUUCUGCCUUAUCUCUAUAUGGGUAACGCAAGCGGAACAAUUAGACGACAGACCUGUGCGUUUUGCAAGAAAUGUGCCACCCGUGGUGGAAGGAGCCGGUUCACGCGCCUGCGCACAAUAGAGCUCCUUUGCUCGCCGGAGAGAAUUCCAAUCGGCUGCUAUCUUGCCUACAUAACCUCUUAUGCUUUAGACUACAUAACUGCAUUGGAUGUGAGACGUAUCGUAAAACUGUAUAGUCACUGUGUUCUAUAUACAUUUACACUGCUGUGUUGCUGAACACUUUUUAAAAUGUUACGGCUUCAGAAGCAAGCGACUGAGCAUGACCCUUAACGAAAGAAACGGAUGCUUUCUCCUUUGCGAAACGGCCGCUUCCCUCCUGAACAACGGUGCCUGCGGCGGUAGCCUAGCCAGUCGGUGACGUAGCCGAUGCGUUCUGCAAAUGACGCUUCGAAAUCCCCACUGCCUUCAACGAACAACUCUUUAAAAACAAUAAGUCUCGCUGGACAAAGGAUGCAGUCCGUCGAGAUGAUUUCCUGGCAUGUUUCAUUUUUAACUAAACCGGUGUUUCACAAGGGCUCUGCUAUCUUCCUGCCUCUCCAUUCAUCCAAGUGAGGUUUAUGCAGGAGACAUUCCCAACUUGUUUGCAUCUGAAGUGUGUCUGGGGUGGGGUGGGGGAUCCUCGGGAAGCAGCUGUGCCUCCCGGAGCACAGCUUUUCUCUUUAGUUCUUUUACACACUAGGAUUUAACCCUUGGUUUCAAAUUUUAUGAUUAAACAGUUGCCAAAAUUCAAUGUUAGAAUGUGACCAGCCACAUUGAAUAGUUCUGUUGGGAGUUCCCCCCCCCCCCCUUUUGUGUUCCUUGCCUAUUGUAAAAGCAGUGUCACCGUUUUAAUAAAAUGUUUCUAAUGGUAAGUUAUUGUGCUUUAGUUGCUAGUUUGUACUGAGAGUUGACCUCUCCCUACCUGCACCGUUUUUGUUCUGACUGCUAUAAAUACAAAAAAAUAAAUAAAGUUGCUGUUAACUGUGUUGCCCUUCUACAUUGUAAUUGCUUCAGCCUAUAUUAUAAAUAAAGACCUGCUGAUAAACCUC